AUGUAUGGAAGAUCGGGUCUUGAUCGGUUCAAGAAAGCUCAGUCUUUGGAACCAUUCUCGGUAUCCGUGAAUUCAGCUCAAAAACCAACUACGCAGCCCUCUCCUAAACCAAAUGUGUAUCCAUCGGCUUCAUAUUCUCAACCUCUGGCUCCUCAUCAGCAACCCCUAUAUGAGAACCAACACUAUGUUUCUCAGAAACCCGUGGAGCUGGAUGUAGCAGUGCCAACCGUAGUGCAAACUCAACAAGCGGCUCAGCUUGGAGGGGGCCAAUCGACUUGGCAGCCUCCUGAUUGGGCAAUUGAGCCCCGGCUGGGCGUCUAUCAUCUUGAUGUUAUGAAGGAUGGUGAGGUUCUUGAUCGGAUAAAUUUGGAUAAGCGAAGGCACAUCUUUGGGAGGCAGUUUCACACUUGUGAUUUUGUGCUUGAUCAUCAGUCUGUCUCACGCCAGCAUGCUGCUGUCAUUCCUCACAAGAAUGGAAGUAUAUAUGUAAUUGAUUUGGGAUCUGCACAUGGUACAUUUGUUGCAAAUGAACGGUUGACUAAAGAUUCUCCUGUUGAGCUUGAGGUAGGGCAGUCGUUGCGGUUUGCUGCGUCUACAAGAACCUAUAUCUUGAGAAAAAAUAAUGCGGCUCUUUUCCCUCCUGCUCCACUUCCCACUGAAAUUAAUCUACCUCCACCCCCUGAUCCUUCUGAUGAAGAAGCUGUUUUGGCUUAUAACACAUUCUUGAACCGUUAUGGUCUCACCAAAUCAGACUUAGUUUCUAGAUCUAGUGAGUUAAGUUGUUCAUCAGAUGGAAAAAAUGAGAGUGGACAAACAGAGAGAGCUGCUAAAAGAAUUAAGAAAACAAGAGUGGCAUUCAGGGAUCAGGUUGGAGGAGUGCUGGUUGAAGUUGUUGGGGUUUCAGAUGGUGCCGAUGUAGAAACAGAACCUGGUCCAGUGGGUGUGAAAGAAGGAAGUCUUGUUGGAAAAUACGAAUCCCUUGUUCAAAUUACAGUUAUACCCAAAGGUAAGGAACAGUCUGCUGUGAAGGAAGUCAACGCUUCCCAGAAAGGUGUGACUGAUAAACUACAAGAAGUCUUGAACAAGGUCAAAAAUCCUCCAAAGAGUGGAAUCUAUGAUGACCUUUAUGGGGAAUCAUUUUCAGGCAAAGUAGGUUCAUCUUGGGCAUAUUCAUCUGAUGGUCCUGGUGGUAGACAAACUUCUCCAACUAAAGAUGCUGAGACAAAGUUUCAUGGUGCUUUAAGUGGAGGGCCAGAAAAUAACUCAGGCAAUGAUGAUGAUGGUAAUGAUGAUGAUUUGUUUGGGUAG